UAUCGAUUACGCCACAAUUCUAAACUACACGAAGACAAGGGAGUUAGUCAAAUUCCAAAACCAGUCAUUGCCCAAGAUCCUAACGCUGAAAAUAAUGAUAACAUAGUUGCUUUCAGUCAGGAAGUUCAGUCCCAUUCAGAAGAAACUGAUUUGCUUGCAACAGCUAUCAUUCAUAUUUAUAACAACAAUAGUCAACGAUACAAAUGCCGCGCUGUUUUAGAUUCUGGAUCACAGCUAAACUUCAUUGACCAAAAUUUUGCCAAGAAGUUAGGAUUAAGCUUUUAUCAGAAUGAUUUCUGCAUCACUGGCGUUGGGUCCAUGAACUCCUCAGCAAAGUAUUUUUCAACAACAAUCAUAUCGUCUCAGCUUGGUCCACAUUGCUUCGAUGUUACCUUGCACACAUUACCAGUCAUUGUAUCAGCAUUACCCACCAAAUCGAUAAAUCAAAGUACUCUGAACAUUCCUGAUCACAUCAUAGAAAAGUUGGCGGAUCCUCAGUUUGGCGUCCCAGGCACUAUCGAUAUUCUGUUGGGAGCCGAUAUAUUUUUUGGCAUACUUGGUCCCGGAAAAUGGCCUUUAUCAAAGCAUUCAGCGUUAUACCAAACUGAUUUUGGAUGGAUGAUUGCUGGGAAGCUUCCAAUUCUGUCACACAACAACACAUCAUUGACUACACUAUCCAGUAGCAGCGCUCCCUCAUUAUGCACCUCCGUUGCCAAUUCAAAACGAAUCGAAGAGAACAUGGCUGAAAACAUGUUCAAUUCAACAUAUACUCAAAAUGCUUCUGGAAGGUUCAUAGUCAAAUUACCCUUUAAGCAAGACCCCUAG